UUUCAAGUUGACCAAAAUCAAGAUUUAACUUAAUUUUGAGCUUUACAUGUGAUAACCUAGGACAAUCAAAAAUCUUUCACAAGGUAGAAGAAGGGCCUUACAAUUUAGUAAUUGGCACAAGAUAGGAAAGAUUGGGAAAUUUGUGAUGUGUUGUGUACACUUUCCUGAAAAGGAAGUCCCUUAGCCCCCAUAUACAAUCAAAAGGAAACAGUCGCCCCCAAAAAAAUUCUUCACCAAACAAUCAUUGACGAUGGAGCUCCCAGAAAUUGUUGAAUUUGCUCGAAGAUUUUCUGUCAUGGUUAGAAUCAGAGGCCCUGAUCCAAAAGGUUUAAAGAUGAGAAACCAUGCUUUUCAUCAAUACCAUUCUGGUAGGACUACAAUUUCAGCUUCAGGGUUGUUAUUACCUCAGAAUCUUCUGAAACUUGUUGAUUGUGAUGUUCAUGCUAAGGGUGUUGUAGUUCUUACUGUUGCUUCAGUAAUUGAGCCUUUUUUAUCACAUAAGUUCAAAAUGAUCAAUACCCAGGGUGCUCCUGAGUUGAUUACCGAUGCUCGGAUUGAUGUAAUGGUUGAGGUGAAAGCAGGAAAGGGAAAAGGUGGGGAGAUCUUAGGUCAUGAACCUCCAAAGUGGUUUGAUGCUGAAGUUCUUAGACUGGUGGAUGUCCCUGCUACUUCAUCUGCAAUCAAAUCACUCAUUGAAGCUUCUUCUGGUGCAUUUGAGCAUGGCUGGGAGAUCGGCUGGUCAUUAGCAGCUCACACUGACCGUUCUGAAAAGUUUAAAGGGUCUAUGCUAGUACAGGAAAAGAGUGGCAUUGCUCCGUCAGCUGAGAGAUUGAGGGAUGUGAAUCUCAUGGCCAAAGUUGCUACUAGAAUUGCUUUUCUUUUAGUACCGUCACUACCUGAUGAGAAUCUUCCAGAGAUUAUAAUGUCACAUUCAAAUAAGAGAGGAGACUUUCUUGUUUCAAUGGGUUCCCCCUUUGGAGUACUCUCCCCACUGCAUUUCUUCAAUAGCGUAUCAGUGGGGUCAGUUGCAAACUGCUAUCCAUCCACAUCACAGGAAAGGUCACUAUUGAUGGCUGAUAUUCGUUGUCUUCCUGGUAUGGAAGGAGGCCCAGUUUUUGGUCAAGAUGGCUCUCUUGUUGGUAUUCUAAACAGACCUUUAAGGCAAGCUGGGGGUGCUGAAAUUCAGGUAAUCGUUCCUUUGAAAGCAAUAGAAGGUGCUUGCAAUGGCUUGUUUAAGUUAGUGCCUAUAAAUGCAGAGAGAGUUUGUGAUACAAUGGCAACUACAGCGAACUGUUUAAAUUGUAGAGCUUCUCCUAAUUCAAUUGAGAAGCAGCCUGUAAGCUGUGGCUCUUUACCAUUGAUAGUGGAGCAAGCAAUGACUUCUGUUUGUCUAAUCACCUUAAAAAACGGAGUAUGGGCGUCUGGUAUUCUGCUUAACAAGCAAGGUCUGAUACUCACAAAUGCUCACUUGCUGGAGCCAUGGAGAUUUGGCAGAUCUAAUAUCCAAAGUGGACUUGAUGAAACCAGAAAAAAUAAUUGUACGCUAUCAGAGGAUCCAAAUCCAACAAGACUUGCAAGGGAGCAGAAGAGUGCAGUUACGCAGUUGAAUUCUAUGCAAUUUCUAAACUGUCUGCGUAAAAGCCGUGGACUUAAUUCAACGUACCAAGCUAAUAGCGAAAUAAGUGUCCGCGUAGAUUUUAUGGACUCAUGGCGUUGGUGCAAUGCAAAAGUGAUACAUAUUUCUAAAGGACCCUUGGACAUCUCCUUGCUUCAGCUUGGGUCUGUUCCGGAUCAGGUACGCCCAAUCAGUGUAGACCUUGCUUACCCAUCUCCAGGAUCAAAGGCAUUUGUUAUUGGACAUGGAUUGCUUGGGCCACGAUGUGAUUUAUUACCAACUAUCUCAUCUGGUGUGGUUGCAAAAGUUGUGAAAGCAAAGAAACCUGUGCCCCACCUAUACACUUCACAGGAAAGUUCUGCAGAAGAAGUCCCAGUGAUGCUGGAGACGACAGCUGCGGUACAUCCUGGUGCUAGUGGUGGUGCCGUAGUCAAUUCAUCGGGUUGUAUGAUUGCCCUUGUGACAAGCAAUGCAAAGCAUGGUGGAGGAACAGUAAUACCACACAUGAAUUUCAGCAUUCCAUCUGCGGCCCUGAAACCUGUUUUCAUAUUCGCUAAAGACAUGAAGAAUAUCUCAAUCUUACAUCAACUGGAUAGACCGAACAAGGACCUUACAUCUGUGUGGGCAAUGAUGCCACCGAUAUCACCUGAUCUAGACCCCUCUUCGCAAGGUGUAGACAACUUGCGUGGAAAAGAGGAGAAAGAAAACAAGGGAUCGCAAUUCACCAAAUUUAUUAAUGAGCGAAAGGACUUGUUCAGGAAAUCAAGUGAUCUUAAUACACCACAAGAUCUUUCUCGUGAUACUAUACCCAGCAAGUUAUGACAGUUCUUAACGGGUAUUUGGAUCCAACAAACUAGCCAAAACUUCCUUGAGUGUACUUUUCACGUCACUGAUUUUUCUUUGCUGUAUCAAUUGCCCAAAACUGCUGUAAGUUUUGACGUGGUGGAGACUUGUUAUUUUUGGUCAAAAAGCCUUGUAAUAAUUGCUGCUUGUAGAUUCGGGCUUGUGAAGUUAUUGAUAUUGGUGACAUAUUAUUGGUGUUUUUCUUCUAUUUGCAAUCUAUAAUUCUGCCUUACACU